AUGGCAGCUGCCCACCCUUCCCACAACUCCAGCAGUAACGUCGUAGGCGUCCACUUUCGGGUUGGAAAGAAGAUCGGAGAGGGUUCCUUUGGCGUAAUCUUCGAGGGAACCAACCUGCUCAACUCCCAAACCGUGGCGAUCAAGUUCGAGCCUAGAAAAUCAGAUGCUCCCCAACUUCGAGACGAAUACCGCACCUACAAGAUUCUUGCCGGCUCUCCUGGCGUGCCGCAAGUCUAUUAUUUUGGUCAGGAAGGUCUCCACAACAUUUUGGUCAUCGAUUUGCUUGGCCCCAGUCUUGAAGAUCUGUUCGACAUGUGUGGUCGCAAAUUUAGUGUCAAGACCGUGGUGAUGACUGCUAAGCAGAUGCUUACUAGGGUACAAACCAUCCACGAGAAGAACUUGAUCUACCGCGACAUUAAGCCCGACAACUUUCUGAUCGGUAGGCCCGGUACCAAGGCCGCCAAUGUGGUCCACGUCGUCGAUUUCGGAAUGGCCAAACUGUAUCGAGACGUCAAGACCAAGGUGCACAUUCCUUACCGGGAGCGCAAAUCCCUCUCCGGCACGGCGCGAUACAUGUCCAUCAACACCCAUUUGGGCCGAGAACAGUCUCGGCGUGAUGAUCUUGAGGCGCUCGGUCACGUCUUCAUGUACUUCCUCAGGGGUGGACUGCCCUGGCAAGGACUCAAGGCUGCUACAAAUAAGCAGAAGUACGAAAAGAUUGGCGAGAAGAAGCAAAGCACGGCUAUCAAGGAGCUCUGUGAAAACUUUCCUGAGGAAUUUGGUAUCUAUCUCAACUACGUCAGGAAACUCGGCUUUGAAGAAACCCCCGAUUACGACUUUUUAAGAGAAUUGUUCACAAAGGUCUUGAAGAAUACAGGCGAAACUGAGGAUGGAGUCUACGAUUGGAUGAUUUUGAACAAUGGGAAAGGUUGGGAGGCUAGCUCCACCAACCACGGUCACUUGCACCCUGGUGGAGCAGCCCAUCAGUAUGACAACCGUCAUCACCGGUCAUCCCGCGAUCGGGAACGUGAGCGUACCGAGCGCCACGCAUUGAAAGCCUCGCAGGCAGCCUUGCAGUAUUCCAAUGAUCUUACGCGACAGGGAUCGAAGCCCGAGCGCACGUCGACGAAUCUGAGCAUGGGUAAGCAAAUGCCGGGCGGGAUGCCGCAGGGCACGGGCAACAGCUCCACCGCGGCGAUCCAAGGCGUGCCAGCGCCGGAUAACGGGAUCUUACAGUCCUCCUCCGGCAAGCGCCAGAGCCACCAGAGUGUCAACCGCCAGGACGCCAACCCCUCCCGCUCCUCCACCCACCCCUACGCCUCCCCUAACCCCAACGCCAACGGCACCGGCCAACCUUUCGACCCUUCCAACCAACGCGCGAGUUACGCUAACGGCCAAGGAAACCCUGGCCUGCAAGCAGCCGCUCAGGCUAAUCAGUCCUCCCCUGACCCCCACAACGGCCAGAAACGUCCUCCCAAAACUCUCGAUAACGAGGCCCCUCCUCGGUCGAUCGGGUUGAAAAUCUUGGACUUCUUGACCUGUCGCUGCGGAUGA